ACAGUUUCCAGCUCUCCGUUCCUUCCUCUCUCCCCCCCUUCACAUGUUUCUCUCUCUACCAUUUUCCCCCUACACCUCUCUCACUCCUCUGUCCUUUCGGUUUUAAGUAACAAGUUGUAUUAGGCAGGCAGGGAGGUAAAGCCCACUGACAGCGCAGCAUCUUGUUUGUUUUAUCUCCCUCAUCAUCUCCACUCCAUCUUUCUCUCUCCUGCAGCAGUACUCAACAUUUCUCAACUUUCACUUCUCAUCUUCUCUCUCCUUCACCCUACCCAUCAUCCUCCCCUUCAUCACAGCUAUCAUAUUCUCCUUCUACUUCUCUUUCUCUCUCCUCCAUCCUCCCUAUUAUUUAUUGCAAGCUUAUUGGUGGUAUCUUAAUUCUUUUUCCCCUUCUCCUUUCUUCUCUUCUUCCUCCUCUUGCCGGAGUACAUUUUUUUUGCCAGCCUUCUUGUACUAGUGCCUCAUCCCCUUCUUCCCUUGCUACUUCCUCUUCCCCCUUUCUUUCCCUUUUUCCCUCUCCUCCUUUCCUCCUCCACUCUCUCUACCGCUGUCUGUCUCUCUCUCCUCUUUCCUGUUGUCCUUGCCUCCCAUCUUUUUCACCCUCAUGUACUGAUCGUCUCAUCACCUCCAUUCCCCAGUGGUAACACCGGGCGACGUGCACGAGUGCGCGCGUGUGCGGGAGCAGGUGUUAACAUGCAGCAGCAGCACCACCAAGGGGGAGUGGGAGGAGGAGGAGGUGGUGCGGCGCAGCAGUUCGGCGUGCAGCAGGUGGAGAUGCCGCCGCCAUUCUCGCCGGCCGGCGGCGCCGGGCAGCGGAUCUCGCUGGCGGAGGCGCCGUCGCCCAUCAACAGCCGGCCGCCGGCGCAGCAGUACGACGAGCUCGGCGCGUCCGCCGCCGGAGGCUUCGACGCCGAGGGCCUGGCUGCGGCGGCCGCCGGCGAGGAAGGCUCGAGCGUUGGCUCCGGGGGCAACCGGUGGCCGCGGCAGGAAACACUGGCGCUGCUCAAGAUCCGGUCGGACAUGGACGCUGCCUUCCGGGACGCCACCCUCAAGGGCCCACUCUGGGAGCAGGUCUCCAGGAAGCUGGCCGAACAGGGGUACAGCCGGAGCGCCAAGAAGUGCAAGGAGAAGUUCGAGAACGUGCACAAGUAUUACAAGCGCACCAAGGAGAGCCGCGCCGGCCGGAACGACGGCAAGAUGUACCGAUUCUUCACGCAGCUCGAGGCGCUGCACGGCACCGGGGCACCGGCGCCAGCGGCUCCCUGUCCGGUGGCGUCGCUCGCGCCGACGACGACAGCCGUUGGAGUAUCUGGGCCCUCGGCCGUGCGGGUGCCAGCCGAGCCGCCGCCUGCCGGCGCGGGUUCGGGCAUGCCGGUGACAAUGGGCAACAUGAGCUUCUCGACGUCCAACACGGAGGAGUGCUCGGAUGAGGAGGACUCGGACGACGAGGGAACUGAGGAGCUGGGCGGCGGCGCGGACGAGUGCGGGAAGAGGAAGAGGCUGUCGAAGGGCGGCGGCGAGAGCGGACGCGGGAAGAUGAUGAGGUUCUUCGAGGGGCUGAUGAAGCAGGUGAUGGAGCGGCAGGAGGCGAUGCAGCAGCGGUUCUUGGAGGCCAUCGAGAAGCGGGAGCAGGACCGUAUGAUCCGCGAGGAGGCGUGGCGGCGGCAGGAGAUGGCGCGCCUCGCGCGCGAGCAGGAGAUCCUCGCGCAGGAGCGCGCCAUGGCCGCCUCCCGCGACGCCGCCGUCCUCUCCUUCAUACAGAAGAUCACCGGGCAGACAAUCCCGAUGCCGUCCAUCGCCGCGCCCGCCAUCAACGUCAUGCCGCCGCCGCCGCCGCAUCCGCAGCCGCCGCCGUCUCAGCCGCACCCCACACUCAUCACCCCCGCCUCGCCAGCCCCGCCGCCAUCGAAGCCACCAACUUUGCAGACUCCACCGUCACAACCACAGCCCUCGCCUCAGCCGCAGAAGUCGCCAACGGCGACGCCGUCGCAAGCGCCACCACCGCAGCAGCAAAGCACGGACAUUGUGAUGUACGACGCCCCGGGGAACGACGGGUCCGGUGGCGGCGCGACGUCGUCGCGGUGGCCCAAGGCGGAGGUUCACGCGUUGAUCCAGCUGCGGAGCAACCUUGACACGCGGUACCAGGAGGCCGGGCCCAAGGGCCCUCUCUGGGAGGAGAUCUCCUCCGGCAUGCGGCGGAUGGGUUACAACCGGAGCUCGAAGCGGUGCAAGGAGAAGUGGGAGAACAUCAACAAGUACUUCAAGAAGGUGAAGGAGAGCAACAAGAAGCGCCCCGAGGACUCAAAGACGUGCCCCUACUUCCACCAGCUCGACGCGCUCUACCGCAACAAGGCGGCGCUCAGCUCGUCUGGCGGCGGGGCGGCGGUGCACGCCAUCGCAUCGUCAGCACCGCAGGAGCCAGUCACGGUAACGGCCGCGGCGCCCAUCUCGCAGACGCCGCCACCGCAGCCUUCCCAGUCCCAGCACGCAGACAAGAACGGCGGCAGCAACGCCAGAGCCGGCAACGGGAACGGCACCGGCGCGUCAGAGCACGGCUCCAGCGGAGGCGGCUCCGGGGGCAUGCAAAUGCAGGAAAGCAACGGCAGUGUCGCCGGCAGGUUCUUCGGCGAAGGCGAAGGCGGCACGGCCUCGGCGGCGAAGAAGCCAGAGGACAUCAUGAAGGAGAUGAUGGAGCAGAGGCAGCCGCAGGCGGUGGUCAGCAGCUACAACCGAAUCGACGGCGCGGACAGCGACAACAUGGACGAGGACGACGACGGCUACGACGAUGACGACGACGACGAAGACGACGAUGUCGACGCCAACAAAAUGCAGUACGAGAUCCAGUUCCAGCAGCAGCAGCACCACCACCAGCAGCAGCAGCAUCAGAACGUCGUCAGGCCGAACGCCACCGCCUCCACCGGCGGUGGCAACACGACGGGCGCCGCCGCUCCCAGCGCGGCGGCGGCCGCUACAACAACAGCAGGAUCUUUCUUGGCCAUGGUCCAGUGAUCGAUCCAUCGGAACCCAAACAUUAAUUCACCCUGGUGACUCUUCUUCUCAAUGGCUUCUUCUCUCUCCCGUACCAUUUGUAUCUACCUACCUGUCGCCUCCAUGCUCGUCCAUAUCUCUACACCUCAAAACCUAAAACCUCAAGAACUCUUCCCCUCCUCGAAGCUGCGGCAAUUCUCCAUUCCUCAUGCACGUAGCAACACCUCGAUCCAUGUCGUCGUCGACAUUGCUUCUACUCAUCCUCCUCCUCCCUGUCCAAGCUAGAGAUCGAACUAGCUGCAUCCAUUUCUUGAUUCGUUUCUGUGUUAAAUUACAGUGGUCGCGUCUUAGGUGUUACAGUAAAAAAAAUGGCGCUGUGGUUAUUUAUUGAUUUCUUGUGGUAAUUAAUAAGAACCCUCAAGCUUGCGGGGCUCACGGAGAGGUUGAAUUGGUGCGGUGAAAACGGCAGGUGAAGGCGGUAAUAAGAGCUCGAUCGAGAGAACAUGCAGACAAGGUGAGACAAAAAAAAAGCAGAUGCUGGUGCUUCGGUAAAUUUUGUGCAUGUGGCUACUACUCUACAGUGGCAUGAACAAGAAGUCAAGAGCCGGUGCUGGUGCAUGCGGGAUUUUCCCCCCUUCCUUUUUUUAUUUUUCUACCUUCUCUUUUUAUUUUCCAAUUAAUUAAACUGUCCAUUAUGUAUUACCUAAGUUUUUCUUUUUUUCUCAAACUGUUGUUACCGAACUUUUACAGUGUAUACUUGAGACAUAUUAUAUGUUAAAUUCUUGUUAUUACUGUAUCA